AUGGCUACCGUUUUCACCAGAGACAGGGCCGUCAGGGCUGAAAGGGAACUCGAAGGCAAGCCUGGGCCGGAUACAUCGACGACGUCCGUGAACACAAUUCCACCGCUUGGGGAAGCCCUCCAGGAGAAGCGGUUCUGGUUCCAGAGAAACAAGUCCCACGACCCAGAUGCUGUUGCCACCCAGGCAAGUCUCCCGGCACACCCCAGCGUGUUUGAUGACCCGGACACGGCAGAACGAUAUCGGCCGCCCCCGGACUGGGAGAACACUCAUCGGUUCGACCCUCUCGAACGAUGGACCUGGCGCGAAGAGGGUCGCCUGCUGCGCAAGAUCGACUUCCGGAUCAUGCUGUGGGCUUGUAUCAUGUUCAUGGCCCUCGAGUUCGACCGAGCCAACCUCGGCCAGGCCCUCAGCGACAACUUUCUCCCGGACCUCUCCUUGACCACCGACGACUAUAACCUGGGAAACACCAUCUUCAGGCUCUCCUUUCUCUGCGCCGAGCUCCCGUCCCAGCUGGUCUCGAAGUGGAUGGGGCCGGACCGUUGGAUCCCCGCGCAGAUUACUCUCUGGAGUCUGGUCGCUACCGGCCAAUUCUGGCUGUCUGGUCGCACAUCGUUCCUUGUAUGCCGCUGCUUGUUAGGUGUCCUGCAAGGGGGGUUCAUCCCUGAUGUGGUCCUGUACCUCUCAUACUUCUACAAGCACCACGAGCUGACCGUGCGUCUCGGCUUUUUCUGGACGGCCAUGAGCAUUGCAGACAUCAUCUCGUCCCUUCUCGCGUACGGCAUUCUGCACAUGCGGGGUGUUGAGGGCCACUCUGGCUGGCGAUGGCUGUUCUUGAUCGAGGGCCUUUUGACGCUGGUUAUCGGUGUCCUCUCCUUCCUGCUGAUGCCUGCUGGGCCGUGUCAAACCGCGAGCUGGUUCCGGGGCAAGGAUGGAUGGUUUAGCGAGCGGGAAGAAAAGAUCAUAGUAAACCGUGUCCUGCGGGAAGACCCGAGUAAAAGCGACAUGCACAACCGCCAACCCAUCACCCUGAAACUGCUCUGGCAGACUCUCAAAGACUAUGACCUCUGGCCCCUGUAUAUCCUUGGACUCACGUUCCAGAUCCCGAUGGUACCUCCUCAGCAGUAUCUCACCCUCUCUCUCAGGAGUUUGGGUUUCGAUACAUUCCAGACAAAUCUGCUGGCGAUACCUUACACUAUUGGCCAUAUAAUAACGAUGCUGGGCAUAGCCUACAUCGCCGAGAUCGCGGGACAGUUGACCCUCGUGGCCGGUGCGGGGCAGGUAUGGGCACUGCCGUUCUUGAUAUACCUCAACGUGGUCGAUACCUCCAAGGUGAGCAGGUGGGUAAUAUACGCGGUCACCACGCUGCUGCUCAGCUACCCUAAUGGCAAGUCAUGCACGUCCUCACACCCAAUCCAAGUCGGGUGGAACUCUCGCAACUCCAACACCGUUCGGGCCCGCACCGUAUCUGCCGCAUGCUACAACAUGUUUGUCCAGGCGGGUUCCGUCAUCGCCGCCAACAUAUACCGGACUGACGACGCGCCGCUGUACCGUCGGGGUAAUCGGCAACUUCUCGGAAUCCUAUGCAUGAACAUCGUGCUGUAUGGUAUGGUCAAGGCAUAUUAUGUCUUCCGGAAUAAAGCGAGGGCGAAGAAGUGGGACGCCCUGACCCCAGAGAAGCGGCUGCAUUACCUGGCCACCACCACCGACCAGGGAAAUAAGAGGUUGGACUUCAGGUUCCAACACUAGAACCCGGCACGUCCGGUUGCGAAGCCAGCCUCUACGUUGCAUGCAGGUUCUUGCGGUGGUGCUCCUUGGGUCAACUGUGGGAGGCUUUUUGUGCAGAGCGGGCGCUUUUCUGGAACUAUAAACUAGGUCUUACUCAAGUCUAAUAAUAGACUUUCGAGCUGUGGCUCAUGCGGACUCUAAGAACGAGAGAAUCGGUGGAGGAAGUGUGGUUUUAGAUUCAAGAGCCAGCGUCAAGUUUGAUGGGGCCCUCCGGUUCAUUGGGCUCAACUUACCCCGCCAUAGAUGUGGGGCCAGGAUUGCAGGUGCAGAUCCGAGCUCGCAGGGAAGGACGGGAAGCAAGGGGGCAUUAUUAACAUGG